AUUUAAUUGUUAGAUAAAUAAGUAAAUUAUAAUUUUUAAUAAUAAUAAAAUGUGACAAGUGUUUGAAAUUUUGAAAUUUGUGAAAAAGAAAAUUUUUUAAACAUGUUGAUUAAGAGUUUAAUUGUAUUAUUAGUAAUUAAAAAUAUAAAUGGCGCGAUAGUGCCACCACCAUGGGCUAAUCCAUCGAGUAACCCAUGUGCUGCGGAACCACGUGGGUGGCAAUUGCUCUAUUGGCCACCCGAUGGCAAAUGUUACAAAAUAUUUAAGAUUGGAGCCCCGUGUCCAGAAACAAUGGAACUAGGUCCAUCUGCAAAAGGUCAAGGAGUUACUGCUGAAUGUCGGUGCCCACCGGGAACAGCCCAGUCGUCUUAUGAUUCAAUUUGCUAUGGAAUAUUCACCAGAGCCGCGUGUCCUGAUGGACAAUAUUUCGCGCCACUUCCGGAUACUAAUGACUCUAGGAGGUGGGGAGUCUGCAAGAAGCCAGAAGAGUGCGAGCGCGGGAAAUUAUUCUGGCCGCGAGACGGCAAGUGCUACAGCAAAUUUACCCGCGGGCCGUGUCCGAGAGGCCAAUUGCUUGUGGAAAGCAAGGAGGGAAUUAGUGAGUGCUCUUGUGCUGCAGAAGGCGAAUUGGGGGCUUAUUAUUGGAGAGGCACCGAGGAAGGCUGCUUCGAACACUACACCAGGGGUCCUUGUGCUGAGUCUGGGGAAAUUUUUAUGCCCGGUGGAAUUUGCGGGUGUUUCAAAAAUAUGCCUCAUUAUCACUCUGAAACGAGGAUGUGUUAUCCUCUAGGAGGUAUAGGGCCGUGCAAACAAGGUCAUCAUUACGUAGUAACAAACGCAAGCAUCGCACGUGAGGAAGAAAUAUACGCAACAUGUACUUGUAAACCUGGUCAUGUUCUCUACUCAGACGGUCUCUGCUACCGCAAGUACACCCGCGGCCCCUGUCAGCUCGGCAGCAUGCUAAUAAACUCAACAUCCUGUGUCCAGGUGCCCUGCAAGCGCGGGAGACUCUACUUCCCCCGAGAGCGAACCUGUUACCGUGUUGGUAAUCGCGGUCCCUGUUCUGCUGGACAAGUAGUCCUCUAUGACCACAACGUCCGGCCCUCCGUCGACGGUGUCAGCUACAACGGGGUCUGUGGUUGCACGAAGCUUCUGAAAUUGUCAGGAAAAUGCCAUGACGCUCUCGAGGAAAAUAAAUGCGAAAUGAUUCCUGGGAUGUUCUUAGUGGGGAAAACCUGCCACAAACUCUACACCCAAGGACCCUGUGGCCAGGGUGAAUGGCUCGUUGCCCAAAGACGACCGCGCGGUAAAUUUAAUGGCCAAUGGCUAAAUAAUAAUGAUUAUAAUAAUAAUAAGGUGACUUGUGAAUGCCGUCCGGGUUACAAAAGAAUAAAUUCGCCGGUAAACACUGACACGGAUGUCGAAACAAAUGUGCUGAGUGGUCUACCUGGUGAAUGUCAACCACCGGCUGUCGGUAUUGCUAAUUAUUUAAACCAACAAUACAAAAUUAUCCAGCAGUAAUUUAAAAUUUUUUUGUGUUGUGAUGUGAUGUGAUGUAAUUUUUAUUUUUAAAUUUAAAAUUUUAAAUUAUUAUUAUUAAGGACAAUAGUUGUAAUGUUUUUUUAAUUAGUUGUAUUUAUUGAAGCCAA